AUUCUCACUCCCACUCUCCGUCUCAGAGAGAGGCCGAAUAAACAAAUAAACAAAUUUAAAAAUUAAAAAUAAAAAAUCAGCGAGAUUCGCUUACCAAGAGGGAGAGAUUUGGAUGUCAUAAAAAAUCAGAAAAUCAGCAAUAUUUUAGUAUCUCUGCUAUAUUUAUUGACUUUCAUGGAAAGCAAGCAGAGCUUAAGAAAAGAAAAAGCAGUUGUAGAGUGAUCGAGAGAAGAAGAUAAUUAGGUAGAUAAAAGAGAGGUGUGGUUGGGUUUCCCGGUACCUCAGUUCUUGUGUGUGUGAUGGUGUUGUUGAAGACGAGGAAGAGCGAAGACGGGAACGAGGUAUUGACCACGGUAUUUUCCCGCUGCUUCCUCUCGUUGAUGCUGUUUCUCUCCUCCGGUGGCGGCUCUGAUACUAGCAGAUGGAUCGUGUUUGUUGAAGGUAGCAGCGACGGAAGUGCCUUCGGCUUUUCUGCUUCCAAUGUCGGACUAACCGUCGUAGUGACGACUAUGGUCGGUAUCGCCUUGGCCGCCACUGUCUUCUAGUCUCUUUGGUAAAAAGAGAAACCCCAAGAAACCGAAAUCCGAACCCUAAAGAAAUGAGAAAGAAUCAAACCCAAUUUCGUAUUCAGUUUCAGAAUCUGGAAGAAUUAGUAGAUAGAUAGAUAGAUAAAUGCUUACAGACGAGAAAUACUUGAUGAGAGCCCUACGGCGAAGUCACACUUCUUCGCCGCCUUCGUCGUCGCCAAAUUCCUCUUCACCACCAUCGUCGUCGUCAUCUUUGUCGUGGGUUCAUUUGCGAUCGGUCUUGUUAGUCGUUGCUCACUCCUCCUCCUCCGCCGCCUCGUCUUCGUCCUCAUCAACUUCCACUGAUCGGGCUAAUCUUAAAUCGCCUUGGUCACGUAGGAGAAGAAAACAUGCCCUUCUACCAAAACAAUGGAAGAGUUUCUUUACACCAGAUGGAAAGCUCAGUGAUGGUGGGGUCAAAUUUUUGAAGAAAGUUCGUGGUGGGAGUGUUGAUCCAAGUAUUAGAACGGAGGUUUGGCCUUUCCUUCUUGGAGUCUAUGACAUUAACAGUUCCCAGAAAGAAAGAGAUUUGGUUAACAUACAGAAAAGAAAAGAAUAUGAUAAGCUGCGGAAGCGAUGCCUGCAGAUUUUAAAAUACAGUGAGGAGACUCUUAAGCUGAAGGAAGCUUCUGGGAACCGCAGCAAUGAGGGCAGUGGGGAUUUUAGUCAGGUUCUAGAUUCUCCUAGCUUAGAAGAUGUGGUCAGUGCCAGUAGGUCCCUUUUGACUGAGGGAGGAAGCCCAUUGGCUGAGGAUGGCCAAUCUGUCUGUGGUCAUGCCCUCCAAUCCUACGAUUCAUCUUUGGAAGAAGAAGGUGAUAAGAGUGGACUGACUUGUGAAGAUGCCUCUGCCGGAGACACGGAGACGACCGAUUCUGACUCUUCAGAAGAACCUGAGGACGUGCAACCUUUACUUGCCAACAAAUUAUCUGAAGAGACUGGCCUUGAUGAGCGUGCCAAGGUGAAUACAUAUGCAUUCGAUCCAGAAAACAAGUCUCCCUCUAAUGCUGAAAGCAAGUCGAAAUCCCACACAGCUGAAGAUUUUGCUAAUUGGCAAAGAAUCAUCCGUCUUGAUGCUGUGCGGGCAAAUGAUGAAUGGUUUAUUUACUCACCAUCUCAGGCUGCAGUGUCAGAGAUCCAAGCUCACCAGUUAGCAGAGAGUGCUGGGUUGAAGGAUUAUGAUCACUUGGAGCCAUGCAGGGUUUUCCAUGCUGCUCGCCUGGUUGCUAUCCUGGAAGCCUAUGCAAUCUAUGAUCCUGAGAUUGGUUACUGCCAAGGAAUGAGUGAUCUACUUGCUCCAAUAAUCACAGUGUUUGAGGAGGACCAUGAAGCCUUUUGGUGCUUUGUGGGUUUCAUGAAAAAAGCUCGACAUAAUUUCCGGCUUGAUGAGGUGGGAAUCCAGAGGCAGCUGAAUAUUGUUUCCAAGAUUAUCAAGCGCAAGGAUAUUCAUCUCUACAGGCACCUGGAGAAGCUUCAAGCUGAGGAUUGCUUUUUUGUGUACAGGAUGGUGGUGGUUCUCUUCCGAAGGGAGUUAAGCUUUGAGCAGACGCUGUGCCUGUGGGAGGUAAUCUGGGCUGAUCAGGCGGCAAUUAGAGCAGGGAUUGCCAAGUCAGCUUGGGGUAGAAUAAGGUUGAGAGCCCCUCCUAAUGACGAUUUGUUGCUUUACGCGAUAGCAGCCUGCGUGCUGCAAAGGAGGAAGCUCAUAAUAGAGAAGUACAGCUGCAUGGACGAAAUUAUGAAGGAAUGCAAUAGCAUGGCCGGCCGUCUGGAUGUUUGGAAGCUUCUUGAUGAUGCUCAUGAUUUAGUAGUCACCCUCCAUGACAAGAUUUAGGAACACGCGUCUCCUAUACUCACGUUUUGUUUUCUUCAUUCCUCCCCAGAUUCACGCUUUUCUCUUAUAACUUCUAAUUUAUUAUGGUCGUCCUGUUGAGGAUCCCUUCAAAACCUAGGGAUCUUCAGGUUGAUUUCAACUGCUUGAUGCUCUAGCUUCUGAUGAGCAAUUUCUGUUGCGAGUACAUUGUUGGAUUUAUAUAGUGAAGUUGCCCGCACUCUGGACUCAUUUUGAGUGAUGGUGGCAACACUGCAGAAUUAA